UCCCAGGUAUGUGAGAUUUGAAGGACGUGUUCAGAUUCCCCUGGUUCCAUAUCACGAACCACCCCCUAAUUUCUCUUUGACACUCUGGGUUUAGAAGGUAUUGUCAAAGGAGAGGGAGCCCAUGGUGGCAAUAGCUCAGACUCUAGUCUCCGGAAGCGAAAGCCCUCGCCUCUCGCACUCGCACCAAGUGCACUCGCGUCUCUCGAGCAGCUUCUCCCCAAACUCCUCCACCAACCCCAGAUUGGGCAAUGCGAGAAAUGUCUCAUUCUGCAGCCCUUUUGGAGGCGUGCACAUUGUGCCACGUGCCAUCGUUCGCACAGCAGCCCCUUUAGGAGAGAGAGUGCCGGAUCUCGCGAUCGCCAUUGCAUGAGACAAGAUGUUGGAUGGGCCUUGGCUUUGGGUGAUGUUGCACGAAUGAGAUCUUGUGCGACGAGGGGAGUAGAUGGUGAAAGGGGGUUCAAGGCGUGAAGGAUUGUGGCUGAAGUCCCUUAAUUUGGACGUGUCUGGAUUAUCUAAAGGUGAGUUGGAUGUUCAGCUUGGAAAGUAAGGCCGAGAGGGAAGCGGAAUAAUGAGCUGGAGGCGGAUCGAGUCAUGCCGAGACAUGAGUAGUGCCGAUUGUGUCUUGAUGGAGGCAUACAAUGUAGGCGCUGCUGAGACUCGGUAUAGAUUUGGAGUAGAUGGCACUUUGGGGAUUGGACUCAACGCCGAGGUGGGAAUCCUGCCUCUUACUCGAUCCUUGUCAGGGGCAACUGAGUUAUGGAUACACCAUGUCUCGUUUCUUGACAGUGAGCAUGCGAAGCUGUGUAAUGCACUUGAGAGGACUAAUCUAUAUAUAUCAUUCCCUAUUCGAAAUGUCUAUAUAAAUCAGAAGCUCCAUCCGGAACAGAUACUCUGUAU